AUGCGUCCAAUUAAGUCACUCUUACAACACGACCAGGUUGCGAAACGAGUUAUCUCUUUUUCUCGGAUUUCUGAUCAUCAUGUGUCCAUUUGUAUUGCAGACACUUACCCUGCUGCUUAUAGCCGUCUGAGUACCAGCCCUGAGUCAAGUCGACCCACCAGCCCCUUAGGCAGCACCUCUGCUGUCUCAUGGUCCGAUGUUACAACCGCCCCUCCGAACUACACCGAGCGACGUCGGCAGGGUCGGCGUUUCCCAUACGAUUCCCUUCUCCCAGUUCCAUUGUCCCAAAGGAAUCUUGGUCGGGUUUUAAACUCCGAUGCUGUUUCAGCUUGUACUUCUGAUGCUGCUCAACUGAACAGCAGGCAGAAUUCACAGCUGAGUCUGGCUAGUGAGGAGAGUCAAGCACACCAAUGCGCAGUUGGAGAGGACCCACUAUCUGCUUGCCGUUUACCUCCCAUUACUGGCAUUCUUGGCAUAUCUCAAGCCGGCCGGUUGUCUGCCUCUUCAUCAUAUUCCCCUCCAUCCCAUCCUUUUAGUUCUUAUCUCACAUACACAAAGAGAGACUCAAAGGCAACUCGGUUGAUUGUUGCCUCCGAUCGUGAUGUUUCUUCAAGUUUGAAAGCACUUGCUUCGAACAGUCUGAUCCCAAUGUGGAGAGGCCAUGUCAAUAGCGCCGGCCCCGAAGUACCUCGUAAGACCUCGCUCUGCGAGUCCUCAUUGCACACCGAAGGCGUUGAAAUUGCACCAAAUCUGACUGCAGUGGCUGCAAAUACCGAAGAUCCGAGAGCUUUGCUGAUGACAGCGAAAGAAGAGUAUAUUGUCGCUGCU